AUGUUCUCUCGAACAUUACGUUCCUCUUUCACACCGAUAUCUCGAUCCAUCCCUCAUUCCGCUCCUUCAUCAUUGCUUGCUAGACCACAGAUACCACGCAACAUACAUACAUCUAUACGACGAUCCGCAAAAUACGAGCGAUUCCCCUCUGGAUAUUCCCCUUCACCUGGACCUAAUGGCGGAGGAGGAACGGACAUAUGGCAGUACUUCAAAAGAAGACUAGGGGGUGAUAGAGCUGUUUGGGUAUAUGGGAUCGGUGUGGGUGGUGGUGGUAUAUAUUAUGUUACUCAUUUGGAAAGAGUACCUGAAACGGGUAGAUUGAGAUUCAUGGAUGUUGAUGAAGCUCAAGAAAGGGAGCUCGGUCGUCAAACCCAAUUACAAACGCUUAACGAAUAUUCCCGGGCUGUCUUACCUCCCAACCAUCCUACGACGAAGCGAGUUCGAGCGGUAGCUACUCGUAUAAUAGAAUCGUCGGGAUUAGGAAGGGUCAAAUCGGGUGGUGAGAUGGGUGCGGUGGAGGGUAAAGUCCCUAAUUUUGGCGGCGGAGAGGAUAUAGGGGAGAUACUGUUUGGAGGUGGUGAAGCUGGGAAAGAUGCUAGGGAAGGUAAAGAGACUGAAUGGGAGGUCUAUGUGAUUGAUGAUAAAAAGACGAAAAACGCAUUCGUGCUGCCUGGAGGCAAGAUAUUCGUUUUCACUGGGAUAUUACCGGUCUCAGCGAAUGAUGAUGGUCUAGCGACGGUUUUGGGUCAUGAGGUAGCACAUCAGGUUGCUAGACAUCCAGCAGAAAGAAUGAGCUCAAUGAAGGUCCUCUUCGCAUUGGGCUUCUUGUUUGAAUCAUUGGGUCUGGAUGUUGGUAUUACUAGAUUGCUCCUCACGUUUAUGUUACAGUUACCAAAUUCAAGGAAGAAUGAAUCCGAAGCUGAUUUCAUUGGAUUGCGAUUGAUGUCGAAAGCAUGCUUUGAUCCUAAUGAAUCUACAAAGAUGUGGCAAAGAAUGUCAGAAUCUGAAAAAGGACGUGGUCUACCUACCGACUUCUUAUCGACCCAUCCGGCGAAUGAGAAAAGGAUAAAGCAAUUGGAGAAAUGGAUGCCUGAUGCUUUAUCGAUUAGAGCUGCUAGUCCGUGUGGAGAUACUUCGUCUUAUUACUCUGGAUUCAUGGAUAGCUUGAACCCUACUAGUCCAUAUAGUAAAAGCAUAUGGUGA